AUGGCGGCUGAAGACCCCCAUGCACAAUCAUUGACCCGCAAUGUUCAGCACGUCGUUCUUGGCAAUCUGCGUUUCCAAACCUGGUACCAAUCCAUCUACCCAGAAGGCCUCGUCAGCAAAGACACAGACACGCUCUACGUCUGCCGGUGGUGCUUUCGGUAUGCAUGCGAUAUAGGCACCCACGCAAGCCAUACGAAAUUCUGCCCUCACCGAACGACACCCCCAGGGGCAAAGGUCUAUGACCACGGAGGCUAUUCCGUUUGGGAAGUUGACGGCGCAGACUACAAACUCUUCGGGCAGAACCUCUCCCUCUUCGCGAAGCUCUUUCUCGACCAUAAAUCCGUAUUUUUCGAUGUCGUAUCCUUUCUCUAUUACAUCCUGGUAUUUACCGACCCGAAUAACGAUGACCCGAACGAGACAUACCACAUCCUCGGCUUCUUCUCCAAGGAGAAGCUCUCGUGGGACGCGAAUAAUCUAGCUUGUAUUCUUGUCUUCCCGCCAUACCAACAUAAGCAGCUAGGGAAAUUGCUUAUGGGCGUAAGCUAUAAAAUCAGCGGCUGGGAACAAGAUAGCAGCCUAAUCGGCGGCCCAGAACGGCCGCUUAGUGAAAUGGGGCGCAGGAGCUAUAAUCGAUUCUGGGAGGAACGAAUAGCGAGAUAUCUUAAGCCCGCCACGAAUAAGGGCCGUAAGAAACAUCCUCACGAACUUAUGACGAUUCAAGAGAUUGGCCUGGCUACAGGCAUGUUAACGGAAGAUGUCAUUACCGCAUUGCGUGGUCUAGGUGCUCUUGAGCCGGCGAGCCCCUCUAAAACCCGCAAAAGGAAUCAAUCUAGUGCUGGAGAGAGCGAUGCACCCCCGGUUGUUGUUCGAAAGUCCAAGGUACUGGAGUGGGCUAAGGCCCAUAAAAUUCCCAUACGGGACCCUGUUAGACCCGAAGGCUCUGUUCCGCGUAAUUCAGAGACGGUGGGAGGCCGGAAGAUGGAGAUUCCAGGUAGUGAUGAUGACGAGUGA